AUUAUUAGUAUGGUUUUAUACUAUCCUUUGUGCUAAUUCACAGUGUUUCUCCUUCAAAUGUUUUUUUACAAACAGUGAAACAGACAGUGAUCACUACAAAAACUGUGAAGAGUGAACGAAGAUAAGUUAUUUUAUGGAGUAUCUGACCAAAAAAUCCUUUCUACUGAGAGAAAAUCAGUCUUCUUGCAUGUCUCAAAGCUAAGCCUCAGAAAAGGUGGCAGUAACACUGGAGAGUUUUGUGAUGAUACUAAUGCAGGGCACAGGCUAAUCAACAAACAGAAGCAGCUUUUAGACCUAGACUAGAUCCAGACUUGGGAGGGGAUUUCUGAGGAUCUUCUCCUUCCAGAAAAAGUUAAUUGAUAACAGCAUAAUUACAGUGCUAGGUAUAAGAAACCAGGCACAGGCAGCAAGGCACUGUCGUUAUUCAUGCUUGCAGAUCUCUCUGCAGUUCUAACCACUGCUAGCCGUGACGUUGCUAACAAAAUAGAAGUAUAUAUUGCUUCAUGUGUGAAUGUACCAGACAAAGUUAACUGAGAGGGAGAGGAGAUAUUCCUUGUUUUUUCUUAUGCGGAAAAAUAACUCUGAAAAGUAAUGGUGAAUAACACCCUAACUUCUCAGAGCUUAGUUCACAAUAGGGCCCUGUAUAUUAGGUAGCAUUAGGUAACAUAUUGGGGGCACAUCUGCAUAAUAAAGACAAAUGCUACGGCAAAUUACAUCUUGCUACCUGCAAAGCCAUAAUUACAGACUUUGUGGUCUGUAAACAUCGUAUUUAAGCACAACUAAGCACAUUCUAACCUAUUUGCAUCUCCUUAUAGAUAGUACCAAUACAUGUAACUUGUCUGAGACAGUGUAGCAACAGAGUUGGUGCAAUCUACAGGGUCAGUGCAACACUUGCAAUGAAAACUGGACUGCUGUUUUUUGCCAGAUUCCCCAAUAACCCUUAUAGUUUUUAACGAAUAUGCCUUUGACUUACUGAAUUGCACUGACGCUAUCUAUUUUGUGCUCAAAACACGAGUUAGUGAAUUAUAAAAAAUACUCAUUUUCAAGAUGUAGCUGGCUUUUUUAUUCUCAGAUAAAACUAUUAACUCUUGAUGAAAAACUCUCAUCUGCAGAGAUAUAUUCCAAAUAUUUAAAAAUGAGCAACAGCCUGUGCAUAUACAAAGGGAAUACUGCUGGUAUUAGCAGUGAAAUAGCACUGGCUUUGCAUGACUUAUCUGGGAGGGGACAGCUGGCUCUUGCAUGAAAACACGCCUCUGUCACCUUUGCCUAAGCUCUCAUAAAGUUUCCGCAGAGGUAGUGAAAAGUGAGGAGUUAAACUCUGGGCUCUGAACAGACACAAAGGAACUCUCCUGGGCUACAACCAGCAGGAGCUUUUCUAGGACCUCUGGCUGCUUUCAGAUCCAUGCAGUGCUUGGCACAGAGGAGACCCACCAAACACAAAGUAUAAUCCCGUGUCUGUCCAUACAGUGUGGCUAAUAUGCAGCUUUUGGAGUAACCAGAAUCAUUCACUAUCAAUUUUCCAUUGAAAUGACUAGUUCAGUGAACUUGCCUCAUCCCUUUCAUUCUACAAUGUAUUCCUCCUUUCUGAAAUGCUGUAAAAGCAGUAUUCCCAAGAGGCUUGCUAGAAUCAUAAAGAUGAAGAGAGUCUCUGGAUAUUCCUCUGUGGCUGAGCAGCGGAAGCAGGAGGGGAAGGUCUGGGAUGCGAUGAAGAUCAGUGCCUUUGUCCUGGUUAUGGGCCUGCUCAUAUUCACUGCCUUAAUGAACUCUGUUUCUUGGUAUAUACAAAAGAUCUGGGAGACUUCAGGCUAUUUCUGGCAAGCAAAAUGGCUAAAGCUCUACUACUUUUUUGAGGGAAGGGAGUGGGCAAUCUUCCUCUUUGGGGCUGCACUGAUUCCCAGCCUUGUUUUCUGGAGCUUCAAUGGAAUCCUUAUAGUGGCUGAUGUAACAGGAAAACCAACUUUCAUUACUCGAUAUCGCAUUCAGCUAGGCAAGAAUGAUCCUGUGGAUACAAAGAAAUUGAAACAAGUGAUAUACACAGUGCUGUUUAAUCAGUUCUUUGUCACCCUCCCAAUGCUUUUACCCAUGUUCUACAUCAUGAAAUGGAGGGGCAACACCUUCAGCAAGGAACUACCCACCUUCCACUGGUUCUUUGUAGAGUUGAGCAUCUUCACAUUAAUAGAGGAAAUUCUCUUCUAUUAUUCACACAGGCUUGUUCAUCUCCCAUUCCUCUAUAAGCACAUUCACAAGAAGCACCAUGAAUGGACAGCCCCCAUUGGUGUAGUCUCUAUGUAUGCUCACCUGGUAGAACACAUAUUUUCCAACACAUUACCUGUCAUGACUGGCCCGAUGAUCAUGGGGUCUCAUAUUGCUUCAGUCACAGUGUGGUUCUCCUUGGCUCUUUUAACAACAAGCAUUUCGCACUGUGGCUACCACCUGCCCCUCCUACCGUCGCCGGAAUUCCACAACUUCCACCACCUCAAGUUCAACCAGUGCUACGGAGUCCUGGGACUGCUGGAUUAUUUGCAUGGAACAGACACCCUGUUUAGACAAACAAAAGCCUUCAAGAGACACAAAGUCCUCCUCAGCCUUACACCGCUCUCAGAAAGCAUCCCUGAUUCUCCCAAGAAAGCAGAAUGAGACCUACCAGCUUGCAGUUCUUGCACAGCCCGGGGACCAGAAGACCAGAGACAAUUAUUUAUGCCAAAUAGUAUUUUAAUUGGGAAACAGGUUAUUAUUCUUAAGUAAUAAAACCCAAAGCUGAGUUCAAACAUGCUA